UCGCAUACGAAACACGAAACAAAUAAAUAAUAAAUUGUUCCAUCAGUUGGAAAGCACAUUACUCCAGUGAGCGACACAAACGCACGAGACUGAGACGCUGGACUGCCCGCUUCAUCUCCUCCCCGCUCUCUGCGCACACUUUCUCGCGGCACUGACCGGGAGGACUUUGAGAGAGAGAGAGAGAGAGAGAGGGAGAGAGAGAGAGAGAGAGAAAGAGAGAGAGAGAGAGAGAGAGAGAGAGAGAGAGAGAGAGAGAGACUGACAACCUACCUGCUCAAUCGGAAUACGGAAAACACAGUAGCGCGCGCGUACUACUGAGCAACAAGAUUAUAACCAGCAAGAACAAGGAAAAGGAAUUUGAAAGAGUUCCAACGGGAAUUGAUGUAAUCUAAAUAACGUCGUUAACCAAACAGAUACUGAAGGGGAAACUCAACAACCAUGUAUCUUAACAGGGAAGAGGAGAACAGCAAAGGCUCAGUGUCUCUCAGCGUAUUCCUGGUGUCUCUGGCGGUGACGGUUUGCGCCGUGUGGCUGGUGGCUCUCUGCGGCGUCUGCGGCUGGUGCCAGCGCAAACUGGGGAAGAGAAAUAAGCCCGGAGUGGAGACAGCAGGCACUCCGGACUCUGCACGUGGCCGGGGGGAGAAGAAAGCAAUCAAUGAUCUAGACAGAGACUUUUGGAAUAACAAUGACAGCAGCACAGUGCAGCAGAAAUGGAGCUCCUAUCCACCCAAGGAGUUUGUACUAAACAUUUCUCCCUAUGCCCCUUACGGAGAUCCUCGCCUUACACUCAACUUCGGGGACCCUUCCCUCUCCUCGGCCGCCACCCUGGAGCACAUCCCCUCGUCGGCGGCCGCCCGGCCGCGCACGCUGAUGCGGCAGCAGAGCCUCCAGCAGCCCCUCACCCACCCGCCGCAGCCGGGCCCCAACGACCUGCCGCCCACCUCCCAGAGCCUGGGCCAGCUGCACACGGGGCCCGGCCAGCCGGGGGGAGGAGGCGGCGGCGGCCUGCGAGGGGGCCCCCGGGGGGUGAGGGGGAGCCCGGCGGGGGCCGGCUCCUCCCGGUACAGGGGGGCCGGAGGGGGGCGCUCGCGCUCCAACCCGGGCAGCUGGGACCACGUGAUGGGCCAGAUCCGUAACAGGGGCCUGGACGUCAAGUCCUUCCUUGAGGGGAAGAUGGUGGUCCUCUCUCUGGCAAUCGGGCUGGCAGAGCAGGACGACUUCGCCAACAUCCCCGACCUGCAGGAGGUGCCAGCCAGCCACGAAAACCCGCCAGACAAGAGGGCCGGGGGCAACAAGCCGGGCAACAGCCCCAAGGGCCACCCCCCCGAAGAGGGCGACCGGCGGAACGACGGCCACUCCUCCGUCUCCGACCUGGCCAACUCCCUCACCAGCGAGAUGCUGAUGUUGUCUCCAGGCUCGGAGGAGGACGACCACGAAGGCCACGUGUGCGAGAAGCUGGGGCGCAUCCAGUUCAGCGUGGGCUACAACUUCCAGGAGUCCACCCUCACCGUCAAGAUCCUGAAGGGCCAGGACCUGCCCGCCAAGGACUUCUCGGGAACCUCCGACCCCUUCGUCAAGAUCUACCUGCUGCCCGACAAGAAGCACAAGCUGGAGACCAAGGUCAAACGGAAGAACCUCAACCCCCACUGGAACGAGACCUUCCUCUUCGAAGGGUUCCCGUACGAGAAGGUGGUCCAGCGGACGCUCUACCUGCAGGUGCUGGACUACGACCGCUUCAGCCGCAACGACCCCAUCGGGGAGGUCUCCAUCCCCCUCAACAAGGUGGACCUGGCGCACAUGCAGACCUUCUGGAAGGAGCUCAAACCAUGCAGCGAUGGCAGCGGGAGUCGAGGAGACCUGCUCGUGUCCCUGUGCUACAACCCCACAGCCAACACCAUCACUGUGAGCAUCAUCAAAGCGCGCAACCUCAAAGCCAUGGACAUCGGGGGCACCUCAGACCCCUAUGUGAAGGUGUGGCUGAUGCACAAGGACAAGCGUGUGGAGAAGAAGAAGACGGUGACGAUGAAGCGAUGCCUGAACCCUGUCUUUAACGAGUCCUUCCCCUUCGACGUCCCCGCCCACGUGCUGAGAGAGACUACAAUCAUCAUCACUGUCAUGGACAAGGACAGGCUUAGUCGCAAUGAUGUCAUCGGCAAGAUCUACCUAUCAUGGAAAAGUGGCCCUGCGGAAGUAAAGCACUGGAAGGACAUGAUUGGGCGCCCGCGCACUGCAGUCGCCCAAUGGCACGCCCUCAAGGCCUGAUUGCCCCGCCCACCGCCCCCUUCCCCUACGUUUAAGGCCACUUCUCCCUCCCUCCCUCUCUCCCAAAAAAAAACCUGUCCUUAUGCACAAGACUGACUCGCUGCCAGGCUGCGAAACACGGGUACAAUUAGCCAUCCAUAGGACUCUUUUAAGCCCCAUUGGUCCUCUUCUGUUUUUCUCACUGCAACCCUCUCUCUUUUCCCGCUCUCUUCCCUGUCUCUGUCUGUUUGUCGAUUCUCCCUCCUGCCAAUAGUCCCCCUGUUUCUGACUGUCUGUCUGUCUGUCUGCCCUUAUGCGCUUGUACCCGCCCUUUAUUCUGGCCCCUCCCUUCUGUGACGUUCUUGGAGUACAUUGUGGGCGGAGCCAACUAAUCCUUUAUAAGUCUAAAAUUGGACCUGGAGUAAAUGGCAUAGUCCUGCACUCACGUUAAAGCUAACUGACCAAUCCAAUCUGACACCUUUGUUAAGUUGUGGCCCCUCCAGGAAGAGGCUCUGUCUCUUGCUAUAUUCAUGGAUCCGCGGGUCCGCCUCUCAUUUCCAAAUUAGCCUCCAUUGCUGCAGGGGAGGCGGGAACUUGGCUAGAACCCCCGUCCCCCUUCCGUCUGUGAUUUAUCGCUUUAUCACCACUGUUUCACAUAUGCUCCGCCCAUUUAUGUGAGGGAUGUCCCCGCCCACCCGUCCUUCCUCGUGUUCUCCUCCUUUCUCCCAUACUCUCUCUUCCUCUCAAAAGAAAGGGAAGACAGCUAGGCGGAGUGGAAGAAGAACGUUGAUGGGAUGGACGGACGGAAUAAAAUGGAUUCGCUCUUCUGGACUUGGACUCUCGGCUCUCUCGUCCCUCCUUCACUCUAUCCCUUCAUCUCUGGGACAAAGAUAGUGGAUCUUCCCUCUCUGGAACCCCUUUGUUGUCCAUGUGUGCAGUGGGUGCUGUGUUGUAGCUCCAUCAAAAGUAGAGUUUAAAAAAAGGAAACGACAAAAAAAAAA